CGUUGUUUACUCGUCAGGGAGACGUUUCGACGCGAAGCGCGGCGCGCUUAUUGAUUCCUCGCUACCGCACGUGUCAUUAACUCCGUUGUCUCGGCGACGCGCGACGUGUAGCCACGUAUGACGCUCCGCUCCGUCAGCGGUAUUUCUAUUCACCGACGUUUCGUUUCCGCUUCUUUUUUGUGACGCGGACGAACGGUAUCGUUGUGGUGCUGGGGGUCGCUCGUCGCUCAUCGUCGUCGCGACGACGGCGUAGACUUUGAUGCGGGAACGCGACGCCUGUCCGUCGACGUGGCUGUGCAUCGCCCGAAGACGCACGCGACGUCGCAAUUCGCGGGAUAUGCUGCCGAUCGACAGUGGGGUCAGCUUCGCGAAACUUCCAGCAAUUUCUUGAACAAUUUCGCCCCCAGGCAAACAGAAUGUCCAGCUCGUAUGUCAUUGAGCCACAGGAAAGUAGCUCUCAGAAGAAGGAUGAUACGUUAAUCAUUGUUGUCAACGAUGACGGGGUAAUAUCCGUUGAUCAGGCGACUCUACAAAACUUAAUAAUGAAUCAAUCGAGCGCUAAUGUUAGCGUGGUAAGAUUAGGACAGGCUGACGCGGAUACUGAAAAUGGAGAUAUAACCUUGACAGUAGAUCCACCGAUAUUUGCUCAUUCUACAGCAAGCUCGGUAAGCGCCAAUGCCAGCACUGACCCAGGUGGGUUGGUAGAUCCCUUUAUGGAGAUGGAUCCAGAACAGCUGGAAAGAUUAGAAACAGCUCUGCAAAGUGAAGAGGCAAAGCAGAUACUUGGAGAAAAUGUCACUGCAAUGCUUGAUAUGUUAUCGAUAGAAGAACAACAGAAUACAAUGCGAUAUAAUAUACAGUUGGAUCAUUGUUAUACGAGCAGAUUGUCACCUAGCGAUCCAAUACCAAGGGAUCCUCUACCAAUCGUUGAUGAUUUGUCUGAAACCAAUGAUAUACAGUUUAUACAUCAAACAACCUCUCCUCGAACACCUGUUAUGUCACCUAUUAAUGACAUGGACAAUGCUGGAGUUAAGAGCAAGAAUAUUGCGAAGAAUAUAAAUAUAUUACAAAACAAACAGAUGAAUAGACCCAUACGUAAAACGGCUGUAUCUACACCUACAAAUAUAACUGGAUCUUCUAGAACUAAUACAAACAUCCUUGGAACUCCUAAAUUUUCAGGGCAUUAUUCAAUGCCGAGGAAUAUAACAAAUGUUCCGCAAGGAACAACUAAAUUACAAGCCAAAAAUAACAAGGAAGAAGAAGAUGAUGAAAUCUCAGAAUCAUCUUUGGAUUCUUCAGAACCAGAACCAUCUGAUAACGAUAGCGAUUCAGAUUUUGGUCCUCGUAGCUCCAAGAAAAGCACUCCUAGGGCUCGAGGAGGACGAAAAGGUCUUACUACAAGAGGUGGUAGCAUGAUAGCUGUUCGAAGAAGAGGUCAAAAUAAACAACUGGAUAUGGAGCAGGUGCGACGAUUAGACAUGGAGAUGGCUGCUGCUGUUAAUGCAAUGAAAACUCCUGAAAAGGAUGAUAAAUUGGAACGAUUUAGUCCUACUAAGAAUAAGAGACAAGUCAAAACACUUGGUGGGAAGAAGAAAGAAGAAUCGCCAUUUACUGAAAUUUCUCCAUCUAUAUCGCAAGAAUUGCCACCAGCAUAUGAGAAACCACUACAAACAAUGAAUCAAGUGAAAGCAAAUUUAAUUAAUGCCAACAUGAUUAAGGGUGACAUGAUAUUGACCAAACCUGGUCAAGGAAGAAGCAGUCAGAAGGUUACUUUUAUUCAAAAACAAGUUCCGAUGAAACCGAGCGAACUCAAGAAUAUCGGGCUUAAAAAAGCUGUGUUCGUUUCUAAGGAAAAAUUCAACCAAGGCGGUACAAAAUUUUUUACGACCAAAGAUGGGAAAUUGCUACAAAUACCAAUGACGUCCAAAACGGCGAGUCCGAACAUGCAGAUUUCUCCCGUAAAGGCGAUAUUGACGCAACAAUCCACGGUACAACAACCUGUGACACAGCAACAAAAUGUAAACCAAGGUUCGCUGAUACAGCAACAAUCGAAAACCGUUUUGUCGGUCGGCAUGCCGAUAAAAAUUAAGCCUAGCGAUAUAAAGAGGGAGAAGAGGAAAUCUGACACCAGUAUAGAAUCAAUUUCGAAAGGGGAAGAAAAUUCCCCAAAAUCUGUAGAAAUCAAGACUUUAGAUAGUGCGAAGAAGCCUAAAAGAGAUAAUCGAAAGGCUCCAGGCUAUGUAGCUGAUACGUUGGGUCCCGCGCUUUUUUCAACACCGGAUAUAAUUCGACGUGUAGGUUCGAAUAGUGACGGAAAGGUUACAGAUAACCCUGCAACACCUACGACUCCGUCUACACCUUUUGCAACAGUAAUAGCUACGUCUGGAUCGUCAACCGGUUCCAUUUCCACAGCAGUUUUAUUGAAUAUUGGCAUCUCUGCCGAUUCAAACGUAGUACAGAAUACUUCUAAUCUUGCUGAAAAAAAGACAAUAUUUAAUGCUUCUGAACAGUCUGUACAGCCAGAACCACAAUUAAACUUCGAUAGAGGUAACAGUAUAAUACCAGGAAGUGAAAACGAACAAAAAUCGGAAAGCAAGGCAUCAUUGACUGAAGAAUUACACCCAUCUUUAGAUACAGGUGGGAUCGAAGGAGAAGAACAUUUAUUGGCUACUUUAGAAAUGGAAGCCAACAAACACGAAGAAGAACUACUUGCUGAAGCAUUAUUGUUACAAGAGGAACUUGGAGUCGAUUUAGCCGAACAUUCUGCACUAGCUGAUCCCAGGCCACGAGUAAUACCAGAACCAUUGGCAUCGGAUAGCAUGCUUUUGCCCACGUUAAUACCAUCCGAACAAGACUCUAAAUCAGCAGAGGUAGUAGCAACGGCACAAACAAAUACCUCGAAAGAACCAAGCAAAAAGUCUUCAAAGGAUGACAAGGAAACAAUUCAAAUCAUUCGGGGCAAUCGCGUGAUUAAGUUACCACCUAUCGAAGCACCUGCCACUAGAAGUAAACGAUUGCAAGCGAAAACUGAGAUGCCACAGACGAAUCCCGAACCGACGAAGAAAGUAGAGAAGCUUACUCAGGUAUCGGUUCAGCAACCAGCACAUAACAAGGAUGAGUUCAAAACGGGAAAAGUAAUGAAUGAAGAAGAAGAGGAAGAUGAUGAAGAUGAUGAGGAAGACAAUUCAGAUUCCGAAGAUGAUCCUGACCGAUUAUGGUGUAUCUGCAAACGGCCACAUAACAAUCGAUUUAUGAUAUGCUGUGAUGUCUGCGAAGAUUGGUUCCACGGAAAAUGUGUACAUGUCAGCAAAGCCAUGGGUCAACAAAUGGAGGAAAAGGGUAUAGAGUGGGUUUGUCCAAAUUGCCUAAGAAAGAAAGCUGAGGAAGAAAAAAUGAAAUCGAAUUCGCAAUCGCUAGCUGGAAAGCAAAAAACAAAGGUUGAGUCAGUAGGUGAGACACCAUUAUCGCAAGCUGUGUCUACGAAAGAAAUAUCUCCGUCGAGUUCUGCUGCCGACCACAGUGCUACUCCAGCUUCUAGUACAAUGCAAUGUGUUGUUUGUAAGAAGGAAGCCAGGAACUCCAGCAUUUAUUGUUCAGAUGCGUGUAUUCUCGCUCACGCUCAAGAAACUUUAACCAAGGAGAAACCUGUGCCAUCUGGAUCAAAUAUAAAAUCUACGAAAUCACCUGCGAUAGACACUAUGAAGGCAAAACCCGAGGCUAGAGUAGUAGUCUUUGACAGAAAAACUGGUAAAGUUCUUACCGGCGCAGAUGCUCCUCUGAGAUCCAGUUUGCGAACAUGGUUGAAAGAGAAUCCAACUUUUGAAAUAGUCGAAGCUAAUAAUAUUAAUACACUUCAAAUAGGCGGAAAGCUCGUCACGCAGAUCCAAACAUCUGGAAAAACUGCAAAACUUACGCAGCUAUCCCCAGUUAAAGUGCAAAGUAUGCCCAAGAUGAUCUAUACGAAAGUAGCUGGAUCAAAACAAACUGUUUUAGCACCCAACAAGAAAAUUACAAUAAUUCCCGCUAUGCAACAACAAGCGAGUGUAUCGUCGGGUAAUAAACCGACACAACUGAAACAAACGAUAAUCACCACAACGCCAGGAAAGAGCCCUGUAAUAUCAAAGACGUCGAAGAGCGUCACGCAGUCGCAAUUGAAAACCCAGGCAGCAGGCUCACCGAAGCAAACGCCGAUUAAGAAGCAAGAAGCAAAGCCAUCACCGUCCCAACUGAAGCAACAAACUAAAUUAACACUGGCAAAAAAGCCAGAAACGGAACCCAUACGAGUAAAUAUCCGAAAAACGCUGACAGAAUUACUAUCCAGCCGUAUAAAGGAAACUGCAGAUCUGAAACUAACCGACGAGGAGAUCGCUGACUUGGCUUUCAAUAUAGAACUCGAAAUGUACAAGUAUUUUAAGGACACCGGUUCUAAAUACAAAGCGAAGUACAGAAGUCUUGUGUUCAACAUAAAGGACACCAAGAAUCUGACAUUGUUUAGGAAAAUCGCGGAUCGCUCAUUAACACCGGAUGCAGUAGUGCGAUUAAGUCCGGAUGAGAUGGCCAGUCAGGAAUUAGCUGAAUGGCGCGAAAAGGAGACCAAACAUCAGCUGGAAAUGAUAAAGAAGAACGAACUGGAUUUGAUGGCUCAGGCCAAGUCGAUAGUCGUGAAGACUCACAAGGGUGAACAAAUAAUCGAGAAUGACGGUGGAAUAGAUCACGUUGAUCCUAAAACGCCGGUGCAGGAUAUCGUUUCCGCAUUAAAUAACGGUGACAACAUAAGUUCCACGGUUGACGAUCUGGAAAAGAAUAAGGAUAAGGACGAUAGAUUAAGGGCACAAGUGGAAACAAAAAAAUCCAAGAAUACUGAUGAACGAAAGAGAAAGGACAAGGAGAGAGGAAGAGAGCGCGACAGUGCACAGUCUAAGAAUAAGGAUCGACGGGAGAGAAGUCGCAGUCGACAUCAUCAUAGUCGUGAUCGGGAUCAUAGCAAGACCCGAGACAAGAGUAAAGAGCGAAAGUUAAACAGGAAUAAAGAGAGCAGGCGCGAUAAGGACAGAGAGCGAGAGAAGGAUAAAGAUCGAGAUCGGAACAAAGAUCGCGACAAGGCGAGCAGAAAGGAGAGCAGGGAGAGAGAUCGACAGAAGGAGAAGGACAGGCAUAAAAAUAACGAUGGUCGUUCGAGAAAUCGUAGUGGGAGUAGAGAAUCGAAGGACGUUGAUAAACGAGAAGAGGAACGUAAAAGGGAAAUGGAGAAGAAGAAGGAAACCUCGCCACCACCUACGGAAAAGCCGAUAGAGGACCGCCUCUGGCGACAUAUAGAAGAUGAGGCGACAACGAAUACGAUCGAUGGGAACGAUUCUGACAUAUCGGAUAGAGAACCUAGUUCUACUGUCACGAUCAAAACGCCCGAUAUAAACGAGGAAGCCGAGAGAGACAAAGAACAGGUGACGGACAAGGAAACGUCGGCGACGAAGGGCAGUUGGCAGACCGUCUGGCGCGGCUUCGUCAACAUGGUUGACGUCGCCAAGUUUUUCAUAACUGCGCAGGAAGUAAGUGGCAACGCCAAGGAUCUUAUGGACGAUUUACCGGAUACUGUCGACGUUGUGGGUAGGAUCAGUCACGAGACCGUUUGGGACUAUAUUUCGAAGAUGAAGAGGAGCGGCUCGAAGGAGAUUCUAGUCAUCAGAUUAACGGCUGCCAAUGACGAAGAGAAGAUUCCUUAUAUAACUCUGUAUAGCUACCUGAACAGCAGAAGUCGUUUAGGCGUUGUAGGCAAUGUUUCGAAAAACAUCAAGGACUUUUACAUAAUGCCAUUUUCGAGUCAGAGUACAAUACCGCCGGUCCUAAUGCCACUUACUGGAUCCGGGUUCGAGGAGCACCGGCCGCAUCUACUUCUCGGCAUUAUAGUGCGUAAUAAGAAGAAACGGUUGUCGAUUGUGCCGCCGAUACCUUCGAAAACAUUGAAGACGUCCGACAGAAGUUAUACUCCGCCAUUGGUCAGCGUGCCAAAGGAGAAGACGUUGCCGUCACCGUCCUCGUCUCCCAUGUUGUACAAAGCAACCGCUUUAGACUCGACGAAGGAGAAAGUGGCGGCGACAGCAGCAGCGGUGACGCAGAUGACCCUGGAAUCUUUGAACAAGGCGCACAUAGGUAUGUCGCGCGGCGUUAUAGACACCGCGACGAUAUGUAAAAUCGUACCGGAAUUGUCGUCCAAGAUCGUCGACCUGACCUCGUCGCCUGAUAAAGUCACGUUGGACGAUGACGGAGACGAACCGUACAGCCCUGGCGAGAUGGAUGAUGAUAUAAACACGCUACAGACCACUGACAGUACCACUGGCAUCUUGUCUUCAUCCAACAAGAACCCCACGGAGUUACAGAGGAAGAUGGACGAGCUGAAUCGGCAAAUUGAAGAACAGAAGCAACAGAUUGAGGAACAGAGGCAACAGAUACAGAGCAUUAGCUCGUCGUUUCUCGACGAAGCAACGCCCACUUUACCGGGUUUAGGACUAGAUCCGCCAACCGACGACUGCGAGGAGGCUUACAGCCCAUCAAACGCUCGGUCUUUCACGCCUCCGCCGCCUAUUUCCAAGUUUGCACAACCUAUCCUCGAUAAAGUCUCGGACAUUACCAUACCGCCGAAUUUACAGGAGAUCUUGGCGAACGUAAAGCGGCAAGAGUCUUCUAAAGUGGAUCCUUAUCUUCCGUCUAAACCCAGCGCGUCGUUCUUACCUGCGCUCUACCAGAAUCCGGAGAGGUAUUCGCCCUCAUCCUCUUCCAGGAUUAGUCAGUUGGAACAGAAAACGCUGUUGGAAGUUCCCAAGGAGAGCAAAGGCACAUUGAGUAGUUUGAGCGAUCUGGAUCUGAUCCGAAAGGCUGAAGAAGAGUUGGCCGCAGUCGCGGCGGCGACGACGGCGGUGACGACAGCAUCAGUGACGUCCGUAGUGCCGGCGCCGCCACCAUCCUCCUCUUCCUCCUCAUCCUCAUCGUCAUCAUCGUCAUCAUCCUUACUCGUCUUAACGCCGCCGCCUAUCGUCUCCGUAAAUGACGCACCGAUAUCGCCACCGCUUCACUCGUCACUCUCACUUUCCACGGAGCUUGCGUUGGAGGCGAACAAAUCGUUCAAGUCGAGUCCUUCGGAUUCUUUCAAGAAGAGCUUCACUCCCGAACAACCAAAGCCACCCGGUCUCGAGGAUGAAGAUUUUCCCAUUUUCCCAUCGACUCCGCCAACUGUAGACGCCUCCGAAGUGGCGAGCGCAUCCUCAAAAGUUUCACCCAAGAGCGGCAUCGUGCUGAAUGUCAAACGGAAGGUAAACGAUAACGAUAGCUCGCCGUCGCCCACUAGGUUACCGAGGACAAAAUCGCGCUGGGGUCAAAGACCGUCCGAGUAAGACAACCCUGCGCGACUUGCUAUUUGGGGUACGAUGACCCUCCGAUAUGUAAGAACACACUUUCUACGUGCAUUAUCCAGUGAACGUUUGUUGUGUACAAAGUGAAAUUGUGUUUCCUUUGCGCAAGGAGAAAAGGAUCCAACGAAUCGGAGCGAUAAACUAGUAAAAAAGCCUUGCUGUAACUUGUAACAUAAAUGUACAAGGCGUUAUUUCUUUCCAUUGUCUGACUCUGCGUGUGCGCGUCAACGGGACUGUAAUCUCGUAUAGAAUGAAUGAAAAAGAAAUAUAUGUACGCAAAGUCGCCAGCAUGAGAGAGAAUGAGAGUGAAAGGAUGGUAUUGUAAACAUGAGAUCUAGCGUGCUUGACAGUAGCGAAUCGUCGUAUGCAUUUCCGCAUUUCUAAAUGUUUGUCAAAAUAAGGUUGAGAAAGACACUGUAUAUUUUCAGUCAGAGUAUCGAAUGUAGAUGCAGAAAAGGUUUCUUUACUAUCAAGAUUGCUUACGUUCUUAAGAAAGAAACAGGGAUAUGAUGUCACAACGGUGUGCAUUUCAUUGAUCAGAGUUUUGUCCGCGAGGAAACCUAGACGAUUGUACCCUUCUUCCACAAUUCUCUAUCCGCCGUUUCCCACGUCUGUCACUAAAACAAAUUCUCCACAAAUUUACUCACGAGAAGAAGAGCGUAUCUUCCACAGAUUAUUGACGACGUUUUUCAUGUGUCAACGAGAAGAAUGCAGAGACAGUUUUGAGAGGUAUUCAGAUAAGGCGAGUAUCUAUCGUUCGUGUUGAAGCUAAUGAUAUAUAACGAUAUAUAAACGCGAGACUAGGACUGCGUUCUGAUAUUUACUACCAGUAUUGAAAAUAUAUAGUUUACGUCACGUGUAUUAUAGAUUUUUGAUACUGGCAGUGGAUAUUGGAACGCAGCCUAACUCUAUUGAUGACGCCGACGUAUUCGCAGUUGUCCACAGCUCAAUGGUAUCACCGUGGAAGGUGUGAGUUGGUGUGAGUUACGAUCGACGUAUAAAUCCGUGACGGAUAUACUCCAAAAGUACUGUCCUUGUAAAUACCAAAACGAAAAAGUAGACGAAACUCGGCGACUGUUAUCGUGUCGCUCUUGUAUAUGAUAUACGCAGUUUCUGCGCGUGAUGAGUACGUUUACGUAAAUAUAUACAUAUAACCAAGUACUGCAAAACAAGUUUCUGUAAUAUAUUUUAUUGAAGAUUUCACCCAGUCGUCAAAGGUAGCUGUGGCUUUCUCGCAUAAGGUUGAAUACACAGAGGUAUCCUCAAGAUCCGAAUACUGUUUCAUUUUGUCUCUGAAGAGAUCGACAGAGCUGAUUUUCGAGAAAUUGCAAUUGAAAAAAAAUAUAUAUAAUAAUCAUAUAUAAUAUAUAUAUAUAUAUAUAUAUAUUUAACGUUUUAAUGUAUUUUUAAGUACAUAUUAACAUAAGAUAGUCAUGAAAUUGAAAAUAAUUUGACCAUGAUGAAACCAUUGUGUUUAAAUUAUUUCCUUUGUAGAUAAAAACUUGUCGAAAACAGUUCAAUUAUUGUCAUGAUUGAAUUAUCCUUGAUAUGAUCAAAGUACUCCUGAUUGAGAAUGGUGAAGAGUGUCUUCAAUUGCGACAUUUACCAUUGGAAAAGCGGCACCAUAAGCCUUGCGGUAUGAAAACGCAGAUGUGUUUUAAGAUUCUGUACUUUAAGCAAGCAGUGAUGUAUAUAAUUCGCACAAUGUUGCUCUAACCAAAAAUGCUGAUUGCGCGCGCGCGCACGCACGCACACACACACACACACACAUAUGGGGCAUUCCAUGCCAAAUCGACCUGGAUUUGACCCUCGACCUCUCGGAUUUGGUCGGCGAUUUUUUAUGUUAUUGUUCUAACUCUAAAAUGCACUCAGAAUUUUUUUUACAUUUUUUUUAAAUAAAAUUAAUUUAGUUAUAAUUUGUUAAACAGACAUAUUGAUGGCCACAAUUUAAAAAUGUGAAAAAAUUAUCAAAAAUCCUAUCAGAUAUCAAAAUUUUUAAGCCUUGACCCAAAGUGAGCCGGCGUUCGCUUCUAAUUUCUUCGAGCUUUUUUCGAAAAAAAUAUUGAAAAAAAUUAGAAGCAGACGUCAGUCUACUGUAGGCUGUUGCUUGAACAUUUUUGUAUAUAACACAGGAUUUUUGAGAAUUUUUUCAUAUUUUUCUGACGCAAUUUUUUUUAUUUUGGAAAAUUGUUUCAAAAAGAUUGGUUAGGUGAUGGUCCAAAAUUUACUCGAUUUUUAUGAAAAUCAAUAUCUGGGGAUUUUUCAGGUCGCUUUUGAAGAAUCCGUAAUCAGAAUCUGAAAAAUCAAAACGGCGAAUCCAAUAUGGCGGCUGUAAUAAAUGAAAAAUUGACUGGAAUGGUUAGAUUAUUAAUCAUGUUAAAAAUUAACUUUUUGAAUAGUAUUUAUUGAUUUUAUUGAUCAAAAAAAGAAAUUAUUAACAGAUAAUAAAAUUAAUUUUUUUCCCAUGAAAAUAGGUAUGUGGGGGUUUUCCAAGUCGAUGAUUUAGUUUGUAAUUCUUUAAAUAUAUAAAUAUAUAUACUUUUUUUUUUUCUUUUUUUUACAAUAAAAAUGUAGAAUAACGAUAAAAAUAAAAAUGAAAAAUAUUUAAAAAAUUGAAAACUAAAUCACCAGCAACCUGAAAAACCCCCACAUACAUAUUUUCAUGGAGAAAAAAUUAAUUUUAUUGCCUGUUAGUAAUUUUUUUUUGUUUAUCAACAAAUACUAUUCAAAAAAAUUUUUUUUGGACAUGAUUAAUAAUCUUACAAUUAGUGUUCCAGUCAAUUUUUCAUGUCUUACAGCCGUUAUAUUGGAUCCGCCAUUUUGAUUUUUCAGAUUCUGACUACGGAUUCUUCAUAGGAUUCAGGUCAUAAGCGACCUAAAAAACCUCCAGAUACUGAUUUUCAUGGAAAUUAAAUGAAUUUUGGACCACCUGACCAAUAAUUAUGUUUUUAAUAAAAGUUUUUUAUCUAUUCCAGCCGCCAUAUUAAAGCAGUUAUUUUAAAUUUUUCAAAAGGCCACGUUUUUUCUUAAACUACACAUAAAAACGAAAAUUUUAAGCCAUCGAACGUCAUGUUUCGAAUUAAUUUUACCCAGACACUUGUCCCACUUGACGUGGAACGCGUGUAUGUGUAUAUAAUAUAUUAUGGCUGCAUUCUAAUAUUCCCUGUCAGUACUGAAACUCUAUAUUUUUCUAUAUUUUACAUUACGUUACGUAUGCUAUAGAUAUUCAGUACUGACAGUUGCUGACAGUAAAUAUAAUCGGAAUCCAGCCAAAAUAUACUAACAAUAAGUAGCUGUAAGUUUAUCUUACAUCUUAUCGUCUUUCUCUUCCAUAAUACGACAACUCUAGUUAUUGGGAUCGAUAAUAUAAUACAUUCGAAGCAUUUAAUUUUGUAUAUGAGAUGAACACGUCGUUAAAAUGCAUACGAUGUAACAUAUCGCGGUCUUGAUUCAGUUAACUCAACUUUUAGCGAUUUUUAAGAAUUAUUGGUAUGAUAAACAUUGAUGUGACAUGUACAUUUAUAUUGUAAAAUUCUGAAUUACUACGUAUCCUUUGAGGCUAUUUACUUCCAAGUCCCGAUAUGUCUGAAAGAGAUUUAUUAGGGGAAUAUCGUUGUAAGAAAUUUUCAUAUGACAUAACGAUAUCGAGAUGUAAGUAAAUAUUUUGUCUUCUUUUUUAUUUUUGCAAGUUUGCAAGUUUCCUUCAUUACGAAAAGACAAAGAUGUAUACUUUUAUAUCCUUAUAUGUGUUCUUAUCUGUUCUUAUCAGUUUCUUCUAUCCUCUUGCUGAAUAUAUAGCAGAACACGAAUAUGACGUGGGUUGUGUACAUACAUAGACCUACAAAAAGGCAAAUGUACGUCUCGAAUUUAUGUACGAUAAUUUGAAUAGCUCGAAUACUGGGAAUGGUAUUACGCAAAAUAGCUACGAACACAUUUGUUUCAAUCACACCCACAAUCACACUUUCCUUUUUUUUUUAAAUAAUGUAGAAGAGCGUAGAAAUUUGUAGUUUUAUUUGUAGACCAUCAGGCUAUGAUACUACUGAGCUACUUUAGCAGUUUAACUUUAAAUGCGACUAAAAAGCGCCAUUAUAUAAUACAACGUAUAUUACAUUUACAAGGAUUACUAUACGUUGUAUACCUCGUCUAUAUUUAACAAUUACUUUAUAAGGAAAUUAGCUGUCUUAUUUUAUUGUACACUUUUGUACCGCGAUCUUCAGCUGAUAUGGCACUUCUUCAUUACAUAUUAUGUAUCUCGUCAUUAUUAAUAUUAAUCUUAAUUAUAAAGGAGAUUAUACAUGCGAUUAUUGAUUUGUUUAAUCAUUGUCUCUCCUUGCGCUUGAGUUAUAGCAUUCAUUAUAUAUAGCUAUGCGUUAUGUUUAUAUAUGUCAAAAUAUGUUUAUAUUCAUCACCGAAUGUAUCCUGAAAUACGGAUACGCAGAAAAUUUAUAACAAUUUUAUAAUUUUAUGGCUAAAUCUAAUAGAGACGAAUCGUAUUAGUAUUUACUAAUAAAUAUCUGUAAUAAAAGAAUGAGAAAUAAUAUCAGUUUUCGAUAGA